AUGGCUGUAAGAUUUGACAACAUUACUUUGUUAUCAACGAUCUCGGUUGUACGAAGAAUUUAUGAUGUGGCAAGAAGAAACACAACAACCCGUCACAAGUUGUUUUGUAUAGUAGAUGCAAAACAGACACCAUACUACCAGCGCAAACUUCGACAACGACCACUGCACGCUAUAACGACCCACAACAACAGCCUUCAAAUGCAAGCCUGGAAAUUUAUCACAACAGCAACAACAACAUCAAGACCAACAUUAAUGAACAUGGAAUGCAAAAACAAAAAAAGCAUCGAAAUAAAGAACAUCUGCAAAAACAAGCACCAAAAUGUUAUUAACAAUCCCACGAGCACUUGCGGCCGUUACAAAUUGGAAAGCGACACAUUGAAGCAAAUAUCAAACCAGCGACACCGAACUAAAAAACAAAGAGGAGAAACGAUAAAUAGCAAUAACUGCUAA